AUAAGGAAUUGAUUUUCUACGUAUCACACGUUUAGCGGGAUAAUAAUAAGUGGAAGAUGGAACUCGAGUUUCGAACGUGCGCUGUUUACGACACUAAGCAGUCGGCCGACUCCGUCGAAUGGUGUCCACACCCGGAAGGAGAGGCUCUAUUCGUCUGCGGAACCUACCAACUUGAGUCGAAUGACCAAUCAACUGGCGGCUCCGAUCGGAAAGGACGGGUGUUCCUUUUUCGGUUCCACGAUAUUGAUACGGGGGAACGACACCCCGACGAUGACGACAACCGGAGCUUGACGGUGCUGCAAACACUAGAGCGAAGUGCCGUUUUAGACCAGAAGUGGAAUCCUUCCCAAUGCGAUCGGCUAGCCGUGGCCGGUUCCGAUGGAACGAUCCACGUGUACGCAUUGGCCGACAUCGAAACGCCUCGAUUGGAAUCCCAAGUGAUGCGCAGCUUGCUUGACGAAGAAUCCCCCGUGUUGGCACUGUCGCUUGAUUGGAGCCGCGAGGGUGGUCGUAUGGUCGUCAGCGACUCCGGUGGCACCGUGAAUCUGCUUAGCUUCGAUAGCGAACUCAAAAUUAUUAAUCGUUGGAAAGCGCACAGCUUCGAAGCAUGGACAGCAGCGUUCAGUCGGCAUAAUGAGAACGUCGUCUACAGUGGCGGAGAUGAUAGCCUUCUAUGCAUACACGAUCUGCGCUGUCCCGGUGUACCGGUGAGUAAAAACAAAAGCCACACCGCAGGUGUUACCUCGCUAUUGUCAUUCGAGCACCGGGAGCACAUCCUGCUAACGGGGAGCUACGACGGCAAGGUGCGCCUCUUCGACGAGCGACAGAUGAAGGCCGAUGUAACGCAGGUCGACCUGGUGGGUGGAAUAUGGAGGCUCCGGCCAAAUCCUCGCUGUCCCGACCAAAUCUUGUGCGCUUGUAUGUACGAAAACUUCAGCACAAUACAACUGACGGCCGAUCUCGGUUUGGUGAAAACCGGAGCUUACGAUGCGCAUGAUAGCAUUUGCUACGGAUGCGAUUGGCAAGUGGUGAGUCCCAACCGUAGCCCAACAAACGAUACAUACGUGGCCACCUGUUCCUUCUACGACCACAAGCUAUGCGUCUCGAAAGUGGUUUCACUUUACCGGUGAAUUCAUUCAGAGAUUCCUGAUGUUACUCAUGUUCCUGAUGUUGAAGAAUUUUAUUUAAAUUGUUUCGUUGUAAAUUAUGCCUCCGUAAUCCUUUAAGCGGUGCUGUAGGGUAGGAGAACUAAAUGAUCACAGCAAAGAUCUAUCUCGUGGACUACAUACCGCGAUGUAUCCUUUUUGUACUUUUCAUUGUCGAUUGGCGCACAAACUUUGUCGAAAUGUGUAGCUAUUUUU